AUGAUCAUGAAAUACACUGUUCAGAUUAUCCCAAGACAGAACCUGCUAGAAAGACUAGAAAGGAAAAAAGAUAGAAGAAAUCAUGAAAAGAACAAGAUAGAUGCAAAUGUCUCUAAAGCUACAGAAACAUUAAGAAAUGAUACUUACAAAGAAGAUGAAGCAGAUGAUGAAGAUGAGGAACAGGGCUCCUAUGAUGAAAUGCUUCCAGCACUAAUUAUAAAUGGCAUUGAUUCACCAAAAGUCAAGAUGCAAACUAAAAAUAAUGCCAAGAAAAUAUCUCCCAAGCUGGCCUAUUUAGAAGCAGCUGCUGGACAGGUAAAUAAAGAGCCCAGGAAAGCAUUUGUUAAUGGUGAUAUGAAAAUUUUCAAACAGAAACAUGUGAAAGACUUUCUGCCUAUGACUUAG